CGGUGGCCAUAAAAUAGAGAAAAAUCAACUCCAUAUGAUAGAUUUUCGCCUUUAAACAAAAAAAUAAACACAAAAUUUCAAAAAAUCCUAUUUUAUAUAUUUCUUCUGAUAGCAUAAUCUUCAAUAUUUAUAUGGUUAUUUAUUUCUAACAAAAAAUCUAGUUUGUAGGGCUGGAUCAAAGUCGUGAUAAAUGUUGACAUUCAAUAUGGCGGUAUGUCGUCAGUGCUAUGCUGUGUCGUGCUUGUGAAUAUCGAGUUAAACACGUAUAGAUAGCAAGAGUUAUACGAAUCUACCUUCAACCAAGCUAAUAUACCACGAGCUCCGACUCAGCAAGCAUUGAAGACAUCUGAGGAAUUAGCAUAACAUAAUCAUAAGUAGUUUUUAUUUUGCAACAUUAGUGGUUUUGGUGUAUAAAUUGUGACUUUUACGUUAAAGACUCCAUAGUGUUCAAAUGAACACAAAAUACUAAAAGAAAAUGUGAUUUGAUGUAAAAAUUUGUAACCUCUACGGAAAACUUAACACCACACAACAUUCUGUGAUAUAUAUUGGUACCCUAGGUACUGAAACUUUCUACCUGUGCACAAGGAAGCUACAGAACACCAAGAAUGUCCAAUCCUCAGUGGAAGAUGUUCCAACCGCCCGAAACACACUCAUCACCCUUGCAAGACAUUUUAGAUCUCCAGCAUUCUAACAUGCAACCCAAAGCAUCAUACCGUAAUGGUGAGUAUCCAAGUUCACCAAGGGAUAAUUACAACGCUCAAUCAAAGACUGCCGGUGGCAACCGCUUCUCUCUGGGCUACAAUAUUGACGGCUGUCCAAUGGGCGACUCAGUUUAUUCUUCUGGCUCUACUAACAAUUCAUCGUCUCAACAAUAUGAUUCAAUAAAUCACCCACCUAUUAGAGAGACAGGCAUUAUUGAAAAACUUCUGCACUCUUAUGGAUUUAUUCAGUGCUGUGAGAGACAGGCCCGUCUCUUCUUUCACUUCAGCCAGUUUAGCGGCAAUACUGAACAUCUGAAAAUAGGAGACCCUGUAGAGUUCGAGAUGACCUACGAUCGUCGCACUGGGAAGCCAAUUGCUUCAACAGUGACUAAGAUUGCACCUGAAGUGGUGUUGAGCGAAGCCCGUGUUACUGGGACAGUAACUACUGAAGUAAAAGGAGAAGGUUCUGGAGACAAUACUGGAAGAAUUUCGUAUGAAAAUCGUGGUGAAUGCUUCUUUUUACCUUACACUAAAGACGACGUUGAGGGUAAUGUCACUCUGCGCACUGGUGAUGCUGUCAGUUUCCAGAUAGCAACUAAUCAGCGUGGUACAUUGGGAGCGUGCCAUGUCCGCUUUGAAAAUCCUGUACAUCCUGUCAAAUAUCAUGGAGUGGUUUGUUCCAUGAAGGAAAACUUCGGAUUCAUUGAACGUGCAGAUGUAGUGAAAGAGAUAUUCUUCCAUUAUUCGGAAGCUAAGACUAAGGAGGAGCUGGUUUUGGGAGAUGAUGUAGAAUUCAUCAUUCAAACUAGAAACGGAAAGGAAGUGGCUUGUAACAUAACGAAGUUGCCGAGCGGCUCCGUAGUGUUUGAAGAUGUAAGUCCGGAGAUAAUGCGCGGACAAGUGUUGAAGCCACUGGAGCGCGGGAGCUUGGUACGCGUGGCUCAGAACGAUCCUCUGCCUGGCCGCAUCAGAUACCGGGCAGCUGACCACUCUGAAGUAGAGGUACCUUUUGGUGACAAGGACCAAUGUGGCGAGUUCACUCUGCGCCACGGGGAUUGGGUCCAGUUUCAAGUAGCCACAGAUCGCAGGGAUCAGUUGAAACGUGCCACAAACAUCUCAUUGUUAGAUGAAUCAUUCAAUGUUUCUGGUGAACGGAGGGAGCAAGGAGUAGUAUGCUCUUUGAGAGACGGAUUUGGAUUUAUUCGGUGUGUUGAGAGGGAACACACUAUGUUUUUCCACUUCGCCGAAGUGCUCCGUCUUGGUCAAGAACUCAGUGUGGGUGAUGAGGUCGAGUUUACCGUAGAUCCAUUGAGCACUUUCUCAAAUAUGAACAAUCGCCAAUCUGGCAUCCGCAUCAAGCACUUGCCGCCUGGAACUGUGAAGUUCGAAACUCUGAUCGAGCACGGCGCCCGCGGCGUUGUCACCAAGGAGGCUCAGCUUUAUCCGUCUUCCACUUCUAGCCCGUCUCGGCCUCCGCCAUCGGAAUAUAAUGGCUUGAUUAGUUGGCAAGUAAACCAACAGACAAAGAAAUCCAUCCCAUUCUCAGCGAAAAAAUGUGAAUCCAAAAUGCUCCCGCGUAAUGGCGAUGUUGUUACUUUCGACUUAUACCAGAUAAAACGAACAAAAGAGUUGGUGGCUAAGUCAGUACAAGUACAGCAUAGUCUUACCAAUGGGAAUAACAACAAUGGCGCCGGCAAUCGGCCUCUCAUGCAAGGCUUUAUUGCUGCUCUCAAAGAUGGAUUCGGUUUCAUUGAAACCUCGGACCAUUCAAAAGAAGUAUUCUUUCAUUUUAGUUGUAUUGUUUACAGUAAUUUGGAAGGCAAUCCAGAUGGCUUGGAAUUAGGCUGUGAGGUGGAGUAUACUCUGGGACGAGUGAACGGGUCCGGAGGUGGGUGCGCGAGUGCUGAGUACGUACGGGUGUUACCACGCGGCUCUGUGCCCAUCGCGAAGCCGCUUGACCCUACACUCAAUGGAACGGUCACCAGGACUCUGCGGGCUUUGAAUCCUGACCAAGCCCACUAUUGCGGACUGAUUCAAGUGGAAGGUGGCACCUCGUAUGAGUUUGGUAUAAUGGGAUUGGCGUGCAAGCGUGAAAUACUACAGGUCGGCGAUCCAGUCACUUUCCAGGCCGACGUGGAGGGCCGAGCAACAAACAUUGUGCCAAUUAGGAAGAAGAGGCGUGCCACCGUUGACGCUAUUAAAGGUGGAUUUGGUUUCCUCUCUUUGGAGGCCGAAGAUAAUCGUCGUCUAUUUUUCCACAUGUCAGAAGUCCGCGGUAAUCCUGCAGAACUACAGCCCGGUGAUGUGGUCGAGUUUGUAAUGCUGACCAACCCUAGGAAUGGCAAGUCUUCCGCUUGCAACGUCGUAAGAAUUGGUGGCAAAAGUUUUGCUGGGGGCAAGGCCAGGUGCGAACGCCCGGAGCGUUUGUUGGCGCGGCUUCGCACGGCCUCGCUCGAGGAUUCUAGUGGGCCACGGGUAGUCGUAUUGCGCGCCCCUCGUGGUCCCGAUGGUACUCGUGGUUUUCGACCACGACGACCUGUUGCAGAACAACUAGCUGAGUAAGACCAAGACAUCAGCACUAAGGCCUCAACCAUGUAGGUAAACAUCUCAAUGGUUUGAUUUUUCCACUUCAAAUUUUUUCAUUGUAUUCAUGAGAGACUGACUUAUCCUCUUUUCUUUAGCAGCAUUUAGGAAAUUGUUUUGUUAUUUUUACUAAUUCUAGGUGAAAACAAUAAAUUAUUGUCAGCUGUCAUUAAUACAGAUCAAAUACACAUUAUAAUGAUUGUAUAACAUCAAUAAGCAAGGUACAUAUCAAUUAAUCAAACCAAUUUGCGUUGCUUAUUUUCAGUUUAUUUAUGUAGGAGGUUCUUUUUCGCAUAGAGACGUUGUUCAAAAUUCCGUUUGCACCAUUCCUUGGCCAAUGUAAAUGUUAUGGUUUGCCAAGUUCAAUAUGUAUUUGUCUGCGUUGUCGCGACACAUGCCACAUGAAGUUGACGUGAGCACCGAACAGCUAACCAUCUGAUUAUUAACUGUUCGCUGUAUUGGGAUUGGCAUUCGAAAACAAUGUAAAUAUUUUAUAGAAGCUAGGUAUAAUGUGUAUAAAAUGCUCAUAAUCAAAUGAACCCGGCUAGUGUGUGAAUCCAUUGUCAAUGAAAUAUCAUCAGGGAAUGGGUAUAAACAUGAAUGUUGCAUACACUGUCUGCCAGCUGGAAAUGAUUUUCGUCGGAGCUUAGUGUGUCUAAGUUAACUGUAUAAGUAAGGUGCGUGAUGAAGUAAUGUAAUAAAUUGAUGGACAUUUGAUGCACGUUGUUGCGGUUGUUGUGACGUUUAGUAGAUCUCGUUAUGCGAAACAUACUGUGAUGAUGAAAAUUUGUUGUGCAAUAAAAAGAUAAGAUAUUGUCCUCACAGGACAGUGCUAGUCUCGUAGUAUUAUGCGAUCCCCGCUCGUCACGUAUGCGCUUCAUAUGAUAUGUGUCGUACACUGUGCUAUUGUGAUGAUGGCUAACCUUAAUUAACGAACAAAAUAUUCAUUGAUAAUCGGAAAAGCAUUUAUGCAAUGAACUGGAAUGGAACCAAAGACUGACUUAAAAUAUUUAUAACAGUAAUACUUAUUGGUAUUAGAUUAUUUUGAUCGGCUAAUUGAUGUGGACUCAGGUGUUCAUUAUGGCCAUAGGUUUGUAAAAAAUGAAUGUUUUCAGGAGAAAUGAAUUUGAUUUAAAUUUUUAGUUUAUUAAAUUAUGAAAUCAAAGAUAUUUCAGUCUGCAUUCUAUUUUAAUAUAUAAUGUAACAACUAUUAGUGUAGGUAAAUCCAGAACAUCUAUAAACUCAUGUAAUGUAGCGAUCUAAUUUAAUGUCGUUAUGAUCUAACAUGCAGCAAUAACGUUUUCUAAAUUAUGUAACUACCUCCUAUGUACAUAUAUUAUAUCAAAGUAACAACGACGAGCCUACUUAUUUGCUUGUAAAGCGGUUAGGAUACUACUUUGGAUGUAAAUUUAUGAUAACUAAAUUUAUUGUUAGCUGCUUCUGAAUUGAAAUGAACUGGAAACUAUUCAGCAAUUGAGAAGCAACCACCCUUUCUACCAAGAAGUGCGCUUCAACAUUUGUAUAAGCUACUAUUACAUAAUGUUAUUGUGUUAUUUGUAGCGACUCCAAGCAAUAAAGCAAUCCUAUGUGUUACAAAAUAAUGAUGCAUUAUAUAUUGAAUUCGUUUGCGGCUUGUCGAUGGCGAACUUAUUUUGUACAUAAUACUCAUUGUGAGAAAUAUAAUUCAAAUAAUGUUAUGUUUUGAAUUACUCAACAAAACGCGGGUAAAACUGUGAUUGAUGAUAGGGAUCUCAUUGGAACGAUAUAUAUAACGAUAUAUUUUAUUUAUGUUGCUUUAUACAAUAUAUCAAAACUUGUUAUGAACAAAAACUGCCACAGCAUCGACUAUGUUUAUUGUCGUAUAUACCUAUUGUAGAAAUAGUCAAGAAAUUUAAAUGCUAAGCGAAUCCUUUCAUGAUUAAGAAACUAUGCGUCGAUGCCACAAUAUGAGACUAUUCAGUGUAAGAGAUAGCUUACUGAUAUUUAAUUUUAUCCAUAGUAUCCAAUUUAAAUUCUUAGUAUUCAAAUUGGCACCACGUUUCUCCUGACGUAGGCUUAUUUUUCGUAGUCUUAUUUAAUUAUAUUAUUUAUUUAUUAUAUAUAUUAAUUUUGCUUUUAAAAGUAGUUUUUGUUACACGUAUCCAUUGCCAUCCCUAUCAUUUAACAGCAAUCUAGCAGCAGAUUCACAUACGGAACUUGCAACGACUAUGUGUACAAGUGAGUUGUAUUUUAUAAUAUAUAAAAUAAAGUAUUAGAAACGCAAGCUGACUUUGAGAUACAUAGAAUUAGAUUAAGUAUAUAUAGAAUACAAUACAGCUUAUUUGUAUCGCGCGGUGUGUUGUAAGUCGAGUCAUGUGCUUCGUAUUUUUAAUUUAAUAUGUCACUCUCCAUUGACGUCGUGUAUAAGUUUGGAUAACAAGUUAUAACAUACAACCUCGCCUGACUAAACGCACAUAACAAAACUAUAGUACAUGCAUAGUUUUACCUCGUGAUUAUUGUUAGAUAUAAUGGUAAACACCACCUCUCCCUUAAGGACUUAUGACCCUGUGAUACCUAUAACAAACGAGAAUAUAUAUUGAGAUGAUUAAAUUUUUAAGAUGCCUUAAAUGAAAUGUUUGAGCCUCAUCACCAGCUUUUGUUAAAUGUGUUAAUUUUGUUACCGGAAUUUAUAAAUAUUGUUUCAAUUUGGAAAUCGCAAAAAACUUAUCACAAAAACUAUUUGUAUCCAUCAAAUCGUACAAGUAUGAGGUAGGCUAGCGAUACUGGUCUUGCGAACGGUGAAAUGAAAUUGUAUUGAAGGGUGCACACACACACGUAAAAUUGGUUACUAUAAGUAUCGCUAGAUAGACCGCAUAACUUACGUGAAAUUACAAGAAGCAAUUGUAUAAUAUCAUGUAAUGAUAUAAUAAAGUUAUCAAUUUUUGUUAUCAAAAUUUUAUAUAAUUAUGUAGUUAUUUUUAUGACCGGUAUCGUUCUUAGAUUUGAUAUUGGCAGAUAUUAAAUUAUUUGACGGGUAGGAAUGAAAUCAGUUCAAAAAAUAUUUUGAGGUUUAGACAAUAUGAACUUUACUUUCAAAGUGAUGACUUGGCUGUGAGUUUAAAUGGACUUUUGUUACGUGUGUAUAUUGAAGUUCUCAACGCAAUAACUUACGUUUGUUUGCGACUUAUACGGUCGACAUUUCGUUCUCCGCUGCCAUGGCCUGUUAGCAAUCCUAUUAGAUGACGAUUGUAAACACUAUUAAUUUUGUAACACUUACACCAACAUCCUACUUUAUGCAUCCAAUUACUAAACUAAUACAUGAAGUGGGCUGCCGUUGUAAAACAAGAAAACACCGAGUAUACAUAUUACAAUUAUGGUCGUCAUUUCGGUGAAUAUAUUUUGUAAUAUUUGUACAGUAAAAAAACUUCAGUCAUCGAUUCUAUAAGUCUUCCAAUAUGUUUACCUAUUUCUUGUUAUUGCCAUCAAGUAAGUUUGUACCUGUCGUAAUUUUCCACCGACACUGCUAUGCACGUUUUUAUCUACCGUCAAAUCUAUGAACGACUUAAUAAUACCAAAUAUCAGCAUUUCUGAAUUCAUUUUUAAUAGAAACACUUUCGUGGACUGACAUUCGAUUAAGCAAUAAAUAAAUGUGUUCACAUAUAAAUGUACGGAGCGCCAAUCAGCUUUCGUGAACGUAGUGCACAUUAGUGUAUACAUGUUACGGUUUGAUGUUGUCUCCAGGAUAGUUUACGGGGUGUAGGGAGCCUGCUUCUGGACACGCCACUCUAUAAUCAAUAUAACUAAGGGCCAGUUUCAUCACUACCGAUUAAGUAUCUGGUAGUCUGACUGGCUUACUUCAUAUAUAAAUGCUUAAAAUUAUCCACUAAUUAUGCCAUCUGAAAAGGCCAGUAAUGUAACUCGUUUGUUCAAGUGAUUCUAAUGGUUUACAACAUGUUUUUCCAGAUCAUGAAUUUUUUUUUAAUGUACUGAUAAUACUAAACUUUUGUGUUUACUCAAUUACUAAACUAAUUAGAUUUUCAGGGCGGGAUUGUAUACAUCGUGGGGUUGCAAAUAAAAAAUGAUUUCAAGUACAUAUAUAAAGAAGUUUAUGGGAAUAAACAUAUUUUCAAUAUCGUCUAUAGGAAUGCAUUCUUAUUUCACGAUGAUGGGAUUAAAUAAUCCUGUGAGUUUAAUGUGACUUCUUUUCCUUGUUGAAAAGAAACCAUUUAAUAAAUUUCAAUCCUGAGAAUUCGCAGAUUGCUGAUAUUACGCAGAAGGAAUACAAUUUUGUAUCUCCUUUUAUAAACUCUAUUGUUGUAUAUCUGAUAAAAUCACUUGACCGAAAAUACAAUGUGGUUCCAGAAAAAACCAGAUUGAAAAAUGUAUGUAAAGACAUCACCACAUUGGGUAUUUAUAUAUAGAGAUUUUUUUAAAGUAUUACUUAUUGUUUUAUCCACAUGCACGUACAAACCCCUGGGGACUUCAUGUGGAUAUUUAAAUUAUAAAUCAUUCUCAGUGCUCUAAAAUCUUAUUGUGAUCGUAGUGAAUUAAUGAAGUUUACUAGGAUCGAGAAUCUAGUAAUUCGCAAUGAAAAUAAAAUAAAGUAGGCUUCACAGGAGCAGCCAUUGCACCCCGUUCGGCUAGCAUCAUAACGUUCUCACUAUUUUUACGAUUGUACUAACUGAAUAACUUGGGUGUUUAGUAUAAUCUUUGUAAUAAUGGAUAUGAUAGACAUUAAUAACGAUGACAAUUUGACAUCUCGAAAGUUCAGCCGCGUGAUCACGUAAGAUCAUAGUUGUAUUUAAUGAAUAAGGCAUUGUAGACUAAUUGUUUAGAAUUUGCAUCUUUUCUGAGAGCAAUAAUUAUUCAAGUAUAUUACAUCUAUUCGUUGCUGUUAAUACGGUAUCAUCAAUAAGUAAUUGAUAUGUAGCUAUAGUAUCUGUGCGGAUCUUGUUUAAUGGAAAAUUGUACAUAGUUAGUACGGCGUCAGCCUCUCUCUGAUUAUGCGACUCUACGGUGUCAAAUUGUCGCCCAAAACUAUUUACGAGUACUUUUAAGUGCUUACGCUUUUUUAAUAUGUAAUCCCAAAGAAAAUAGGAAUUUUGAACAAACGUUAUAUGCUUUACGCUUAAACCCAGUCUUUAUUAUACUGUAUCAAAUAUAAUAAUAUGUAUGCCCAUGUAAUCAAUAUAAUAGUCAUAGUAAAAAUGAUGUAAUAAAUAAUCGAAAUAUUUGAUGUUGUAGUGUAUGGAACUUAAGCCCCGGAUCAUUUCGGGUAUAGGUAUUAUUAUAAACUAGUCUUAAACUUUUGGUUUAGUUCCAUCCUGCCCGUUUCGGCACCCAUGAAUUAAUAUUUCGUGUCUACCAGUUAAUCAUUAUUAGGUAUAAAGAAAUUGAGACAGUAUCAGGAAAUGACUUUCACAGGCAUAUUACUCAUACAAAAUGUAAAUUUUUAAUAUGCUAGGUUUUGUCACGUUACUUCCAAAGCAGACCGGAUGAAGCUCUUAAUAAAGCGAUUAGUGCUGGUAUAUGCAUGUGAAAGGUGAAAAUAAUGUGUGUAAUGUUUUGGUCUACCAAUUUAUAUUUAAAUAAAUUCUGUUUGUUUUUAUAAAUGGUAAACAAUAUUUAUUUCGAUUUAUAAUUCUCUUGAGAUUUGUAUACCAAAGAUAGGGCGCUGAGAUAAAAAAUCGUAGGCAUUAUAAAUAAAUUUAUGGGUGCCAGGAUGGGACUAAACCAAGCAUUUACGCCCGGGCGCCUGUCACGAGCUGAUGUAUUUUUAAGCUAAACUGCUAACAAAUAUGAGAUCUGAUAAGGGAACUUCUUCUUCCUAAACCAUCGAAAGUUUCAGUGUAGCUACGAAUUUGGCGAACCAGUAAAAUAUAAUCAGUGCCUAAAAGAACCUCUGGGAGAUGAAAAAAAAACCAAACAAAAUGUGAAAUUAUUUAAGCAUUUCAGAAAUUACAAACUUUGAUUAAUCAUAAGAGUUUAUUUUCAUUUAAUUCUUCGAUUGUAUUCUUUAGACAACUAUCUAUGCCAAAUGUUUAUACAGCCCUGUACAUUUUUAAAAAUUGUGAUUAAACCAAUGUACACCACCUUA